AUGGCAAGCCAUCAUGAAGGCUUAACCAACUUUGUCGCCUACCUGCAGAGGGGCGUCUGGGUUCCCCGCAUUGGCCAUUUUGAUCUGGAGAGACAGACUAUACAGCCCCUCAGCUUCGACUCUGGAACUCCUGUGGAAAAUCUCUACCAAGUCAUCGAAGCAGGUGCUGGCCGAUGUAUCGCUGCCGGGCCAGUGAUAUCUGUAAACGAUGUCAAGCUGCUGCCACCGCUCUCUGCCCGGGAUGUUCUCGCUGUUGGCAAGAACUACAUGGAGCAUGCCAAGGAGUUCAACAGUUCAGGCUAUGACAGUUCUGACAAGGUUGACCGGCCCAGUCACCCCGUCAUUUUCACCAAGCGUGCGACUUCCAUUAUUGCACACGGAGACGAUAUUUACCUUCACAGGGGCUUCACUGAAAGUGCAGAUUACGAAGGAGAGAUUGGUGUCAUCAUUGGGCAGGCUGGGUACCAGAUACACGAGAAUGAUGCUUGGAACUAUGUCUGGGGCUACACCAUAAUCAACGAUGUGACAGCCAGGGAGAGACAGCGCGACCAUAAGCAAUUUUACAUUGGGAAAUCGCCAGAUACUUUCUGUCCAAUGGGUCCGAUUGCUGUAAAGAAGGAGGACUUGCCAGAUGGGGGUCGAUUUUUGAGAUUACAAACCAGGGUCAACGGCGAGUUGCGCCAGGAUGCGACAGUCCAAGAUCUGAUAUUUUCCAUACCUUGCCUUGUCAGUACACUGUCAGCUGGACAAACCCUGCAACCGGGCGACAUCAUUGCAACCGGCACAGUAGGCUUCAAAAAGAACCCCCCCAUCUUUGGAACACUAUGCAAUGAUGCUGAUCACAAAUCAAGCCCGCAGGUGUAG